UUGACAUUGGAGUCAAAAUGGCGGACGGCGAGGUGGAAGAAGUGACAAAGAAAGAAGAAGAAGAGGAACAAGAAGAAACGACUGAUGUCACUAGAGAUUGCAAGCCAGAUACACAAGAAAUAAUACCACAAGAAAAGGAUAUAGAAACAACAGAGAGCGUAGAUGAUACAGCCACGGACGUAGAUGACGAGAAAUCUCUCUUGGAUACUGAGGCUUUAGAAGAUUCCCAAGAUUCUGAGGCUUUUAUAGAAGAACAGAAAUCUGUCAAUGGCAGUGACUUGGCGGACAGUUACUGUGCUAACUUUGGAAUGCUUGCCAGCAGCCUUGACGGCAGUCUGGGGAGUAGCCAAGGGAGUUUGCUGCAGAGCAGCUUGUUGCAGAGAAGUUUGACUGUCAGUAAAGGCAAAGAUACAGGACAAAGAAAAUCUUCCAGAGGGAAAAGAAAAUUGGAUAGCAGUCAGCAGUUUUCAUCAUCUAAGAAAUCUAAAACUGAUUUACCAGCUUCACAGAAACUCCCACCACAUGGAUACCCAUUAGAGCAUCCAUUCAAUAAGGAUGGUUAUCGAUAUAUUCUUGCUGAUCAAGAUCCUGUUGCUCCAAAAGCAAACUUUGAUCAAGAAUACUGGGCAGGGAAGCCUAUUCCUGGGGAUCUUUAUCGCGUCAAGCUCCACACAGAAGUACUUUUAUCUAUGAAUGACAGAGCUCCACAAUUAAAGAUAUCAGAAGACAGACUGUCAGUUACUGGGGAGAAAGGCUACUGUAUGAUAAGAGCUACUCAUGGUGUUAACAGAGGUGCAUGGUAUUUUGAGAUGAAUGUAGAGGACAUGCCAGAUGAUUCUGCUACUAGACUUGGUUGGUCAAGACUUUAUGGAAACUUGCAAGCACCAUUAGGAUAUGAUAGAUUUAGUUUUUCCUGGCGAAGUAAAAAGGGAACUCGUUUUCAUGAAAGUAGAGGCAAACAUUACAGUGAUAGUGGUUACACAGUAGGAGAUGUACUUGGCUUUUUCAUUUACUUACCAGACAAUAACAGACACCCAUCAACAUUUCUCCCUUCCACUUUUAAAGAUCGGGCUCUUAUCAAGUUCAAAAACUAUCUUUAUUUUGAAGAGAAAGAUCAAGUAGAUGAAGCUAUUAAAAAACUAGCUACUUUAUCAGGAAGUAAGAUUAAAUUUUACAAAAAUGGAGUUUGUCAGGGUGUUGCCUUUGAGGAUAUCUUUGAUGGGGAGUACUAUCCAGCCAUUUCAAUCUACAAGAAUGCUACAGUGAAAAUAAACUUCGGCCCAUACUUCCAGUUUCCACCCACCGAUGAGGAGUUCAGACCAAUGAGUGAGAGAGCAGGGGACAUCAUGGUUGAACAAGCAUUAGCAGACAGCCUGUACCACGUCGAAGCUCUUGAAAAACCUGCCCAACUCACUGAUAAACCCCUUCUUACAAAGCGAAAAUAACAGCCUUUAAUAGUCGACAUGCAUAGAGAAUUACAAAAUAUUUAAUACGAGUCAAGAAGCCCAGCUGCAGCCAUCAAGCCUGACCAUUAGUAGUUAAUAUAUGUACAUAGCAUAUGGACUAUAUAUAAAGAAGAGUACUGUACUCAAGAGAAACGAGAGUCAUAAUCGAUGACGUCGCUUGUUUGCCGCAGUAUCCCGUGGCGAAUACAGUAAUAAUAACUGUACUUUCAUAUCUAUUCUAUUUAGUUUGCUAGUUUUCAUUUACUUUCGAGGUCUCUUUUCCCAUACUUUUUGUAUAAGUUUACAGAGUACACGAUGUUACUAAACAAAAUAGAGAAAAUUAAUUCGUUACUCCAACAUACUUUAUCGACAGAACUCUCCACUCCAUGUAGGUAAAAAAAGCCCGAAUUUUUUGAAGUGUUGUACUUAGUACUUCACUAUCUUGAAGACGUAUUCAUAAUAAAUGCUGGAAAGGAUUUCUGUGUUA